AGGUCACCCAGCAGAAGUAAUUCUGAUGCAUGGUUAUUCACAUUUUCACAGGACUGCCUUACCUAGCAGAUGAAGGAUUCAGAACGAUGGCCUCGCAGGAGCAGGUCUGGCCAGUCCCAAUGAAGGCAAUUGGAGCACAAAACCUUUUGACAAUGCCUGGAGGAGUGACCAAAUCAGGGUAUCUUCAUAAAAAAGGAGGCACCCAGCUGCAGAUCUUGAAGUGGCCAUUGAGAUUUGUGAUUAUCCAUGAGGGAUGUAUUUACUAUUUUAAGAGCAGCACAUCUGCAUCUCCACAGGGUGCAUUUUCUUUGAAUGGUUACAACAGGGUUAUGCGGGCAGCUGAGGAGACAACAUCAAGCAAUGUGUUUCCUUUCAAGUUAGUUCACAUUAGCAAGAAGCACAGGACGUGGUUUUUUUCAGCUUCUUCUGAAGAUGAAAGAAAGAAUUGGAUGCUAUCCCUGAGGAGGGAAAUUGAUCACUACCAUGAGAAGAGAGAAACAAUAACAGAAUUCAGUGACUCUGGUUCUGAUGCAGACAGUUUCUAUGGCUCAGUAGAACGUCCCAUUGAUAUCAAGUAUUCUCAUCAUUCAGCAGAUAAUGAAGAUUAUGACCAGGAGGAAGAGGAUGAGUCUUAUUUGCAGCCAGAUACUUCUGACAUAGUGAAAGAUGAUAUGGUUCUGCCCCCAGCCUACCCACCUCCACCAGUUCCUCAUGUCAGAAAAGCUGCCUACUCGGAAUCGAGGGCAAAUUCCUUUGCUGGCAAAUCUACUGUGCCAGUACCACCACCGCCUCCUAAAAGAAGCUUACCUGAUAUCAAACUAGAGGAUCUCUUAAACAUGAGAGAACCCCAGUUACAGUGCCGAGCUGAAGCUAAUCUAAAGAUUCAGUCCUCAAGCCGGAGACUAAGUGAACAGCUGCCCCCUGUACCCCCUCUACCUCUUUUCAAAAAGCCUGUGUGUGCCAAAGAAUCGUGCUCAUUGCCUCCAGAGCCUCUGCCUCUAGCUCAAGUUCUUGCUACUCCAGAAGGAUGUGAGAAGCUAAAAACCUUAAAUCUUUCACCGCGAACUCCUCCUCCACUACCAAGCAGUAAACCCAAGCUGUCACAGUUUACUGAAAAACCAGUAGAGCCCAAAGUGCCAAGAGAACAUGGUAAACCUGGACUGUUUGUGCCACCGGUGCUCCCAAAGCCACCUGUGCCAAGCCACCAGCCCCCUGGAAUCAAGCCUAGACCAGAGAAGUCUUCAUGUCCCCAGUUACAGAGAUCACCACCAGAUGGGCAGAGUUUUAGAAGCUUCUCGUUUGAAAAACCAGCACUACCCUCCAAGCCAAACCAACCUGAUGAUGAUUCUGAUGAUGACUAUGAAAAAGUUGGGCUGCCUGCUUCAGUAUUUCUUAAUACCUCUGAAUCCUUCGAAGUUGAAAGGACAUUUAAAGCUAGUAGCCCACGGGGACAACCGCAAAAUGGAUUGUACUGUAUUAGGAACUCAUCUACUAAGCCUGGAAAGGUACUGGUUGUAUGGGAUGAAUCUGCAGAAAAAGUGAGAAACUACAGAAUCUUUGAAAAGGAUUGCAAGUUUUACCUGGAUUCAGACAUCAUGUUUUUGAACAUGGGAAGUUUGGUCGAAUACUAUAGCACUCAUGUCUUACCUAGUCAUGACAGCCUGAUUCUUCUGUGUCCUUAUGGUUACUCUAAACCAAGGUGACAUGACUGGCAUAAUUCACUGAUGCUUAGGACAAAUGUGUUCCCUACUGCCCUUGAAUUAAAUGUGGACUCCUGCCACUGUUGGACAUCCCAUUGUUUGCACACAGAAACUGAGUUUGUUUCAACCAUUUAUUGUCACAUGAAUUGUAUAUAGACUCCAUUUAAUGAACUCUUGGUAAAACCUUACAAUCCAGAUCAGUGGAUUUUAUGGUCUUUUCUUUUAAAAAGAUCUGAACUGAUUAUGCUGUGAAAGCUGUCCAUGAUACCUACACCUUUUAUAAAACUGCUGCUAUUACUAAUCUCCUUGGAAUGUGGAAGAUGGACAGGAACAAAGAAGUGGUCUGAAUACAACCAAUACAGAAAAGGGAAACUUCUGAAAGUAUAUCGGAAUUCACUUGUGACAGGGAAUACUAAUACUCUGACUUGAAGGUAUUAGUCCUUAAGUCAGCACUGGUGCUCAACUAAGAGUUUUUUGUAUUACUUGUAUAGUUGAUGUGUAAAUAAUGAAAACUUCUGUGGAAAUAAUUUGGUUUACUGUCGGUAAAGAUGAUCAGGAAAUGUGGCUGGUUUUUUAAGCCACCUUAUACAUAAAUGUAACUUCUGAUUACAAUGUCUGCAGUAGUCAAUAUCAGGGUACUAUCCAACUGAUAUGGUUGUGGCAUCCCACAUAUUACUUAAUGACGUGCACUUCAGAUCAGCGUGGAAUAAUACUGACUUGGCUUUCAUGUGAGCCCCAUUACUUAGUUCUGAACUGGAAGG